UCCUUCUGGACGGCAAACCAUUGCCGUCAACCGCCUGCAUUCGGAUGUGGGAUAAAGGCGAGGGCGGCCGUAUUGCCCAAUCUUUGGCCGAAGCUCUCCAACUUCCCGAGGAUGUGCAUGCUUUCGAGGAUGGAUCCGAGGAGUCCGUAGGGCGCCGGUUAGAGUGGCACGCCAUUGCGGCUGCUCAAAUGGCCCACAUUGUGGCUGCUCGGGCACGGGAGCUUGCUGAGGAGAGCGAGCGCGAGAAGGAGGCGCGCGAGGCGGCGGUGAAAACGGCUAAGGAAAAACUGAAGGCCGCCGAGUCUGCUGAGAAAAAAGCUGCAGUUGCCGAGAAGAACCGGUCCCUUGCCGAGAAAAGGUGUGCGGAGCUCCUAACCCAGCAGAAUGAGACGGAGCUUAAGCUAGCCCAAGCUAUCAGCCUUAACACCUCCAAUGCCGAGGAGAUAGCUGACCUUAGGGCAGGCUUGGCAGCCGCGGAGCAGAAAUGGUAUGAUGUCGGCUUUGCUGAUGCCGAAAACUCUGUAGAGCCGGUGGUUGCUCGGGCUAGGAAUAUGGGCUUUGAGGCCGGGUGGUUUGCCGCCCUUCAGGCAAUGGGUGUUCCUGAGGAUUCGCAUCUGAGAGACCCCGGCCAAAUCCCAUUCCCGAGCCCCGCCCCUGCUGCUCAGGGUACCCCGGUGGCGAUUGACGAGGAAGAGACAGCCAGUAUGAGGGAGCUGGUUGAGCAAAUCGAUGCUCACGCCGAGCCUGAGGAAAUGGAAGUCACCAGUAUCCCGACUGUGCAGGAGCUUCUCGGUGAGGCCCCGCCUUUUUCUUUGGCCGGCCAGCAGGAAGUGAUACCGCCGAACCAACCUCCCCGCUAAUUUUGCUUUUAUCUUGCUUGCUCAUUUUUAUUUUAUUAGUUUUACUUGCUCACGUCACCGGGAUGCGGUGACCGAACAUUUGUUUUAUUUUGUUGGUUUUAUUUGCCUAUGUCACCGGGAUGUGGUGACCGAACAAUUGCUCUACUUUAAUUAGAAGUCCGUUUUCUUUUUCCGUUUGAAUUUGUCGAAUGAAAUUAUCUCUGUUCGUGUUUUGCUUGAACCACGCCAGUGCUAUGGCGGCUUAAUGUAAUAGUACCCCCGAGAACCAUUUACGCGGCGCUUAGUGUAUUUUGAGAGCGCUUUUUGACUUAGUAUUUGAAAAAGGGUCGGGUUAGGCUUUGGCUGAACCGGGAAUCGAGCCGAGGGUCAGGUUUUCGUACUUAG